AGCUCGGGGGACUGUGCUAUCUCCGGGGUGCCAGGCAUCACCCCUCACAGCCUCCUGUUUCAUUGGCCUGCAUUAAACCGCCAGCCACCGGGUUCAUCAUGCUGAGGGAGUGACCUGGGCUGUCCUGAUCCUUGCAAACACUGCAUAGUUAGGAGCAGACUUUGAAACCCAGUGGGUCCCAUUGUCCACCCAGCACCAGGAUCAUAGAGCUAAGUACAGAAGGGACCUUUGUGAUCAUCUAGUCUGACCCCCUGUAUAAUACAGGCCAGUGAACUGCCCCAAAUAAUUCCUAGAGCAGAUCUGUGUUGGGUGGCAUUGAACGAGGAAUGUGGAAAAUACUUCCUUCCCCAGCUGCUGUGGGAGUGAGUGGAUGGUGUGAAAGAGCCCUCCCCUGACCACUGCGGUUAGCACAGGCACAGAAAGUCCUGGCGGGGCUGCAGUGGUUAGAGGAGGGAUUGUUAAACUGGGGCUUGUCAAACUGGCAUCCACCCCCAAACCCUGCUUCACCCCUGGCAUUUAUAAUGGUGUUAAAUGUAAAAAAAAAAAAAGUGUUUUUAAUUUAUAAGGGGGGGUCGCACUCUGAGGCUUGCUGUGUGAAAGGGGUCAUCUGUACAAAAGUUUGAGAACCACUAGGCUAGAGGUUUUGGGGGAGAGAUUUGAAAGGUGAGCAGAGGGGACUGUUAAGUCUUCUCCUUAUUCCCUUCCCAUAAUACAAAAUAAGGCAACAAACCCCUUUUAAAACAAGGUCCCGUUAUCUUGCAGAACUCACUGACACAUGAUAUUAUUGCAGCAAGCAAUUAGCAAGCGUUUUAAAGGAUUAAAUGUCUGUUAUGUUACAGGGUAGGGCACAGCCAUGGGGCUGAGAUGACAUUUUCUAAGAUUUACCCAAAAUGUAUGGGCUAAAUAAUUGUUAUGAGAGGUUGAUGGAAAUGAUCCUCUCAGCAACUAUACUGUGAAAAUGUUUGAUAUUGGGUCUGGGACUCGUUGCUGGCUUAUCUGUGACAGUCAGUAUGGAACAGCUGCUCUGCUGGGCCUGAGGAGCUGUAGUGCUGGAGUGUUACUGAUUCACCAACACCCUCCCUUGUGAUGUUAAGUGUGUGCAGGGUGCAGCCACCCAGGGAGCUCCCUGGAGGUCAGUGCAGGCCAGGUCAUUGUGUUGUCCGGCUGGGGGUGCUGGCGCACUGAGGCAGGCAGAGAUGUAUCCGAGAGUUCGGUGCAGGGAGUCUGGGUGUCCUUUUCCCCCACUCCACCCCCCCUCAGGAACUGACGCUCUCCCCAGGCACUGGCUGGCUGAAAUGUGAACCUUGUGCAGUUGUCAGGAAAUGGCUAGUGACAGUUCUGUGGCACCUGUAGUUCGGGUGUGUCCUGGGGCUGCGUUCCAGGCUGUUGGAUCCAUGGGGUGCGUGUCUUCUGUGGGGCAGCUAAAAUGAGGACCGUGGUGUUGCACUAAAUUAGGGCUCUUCUCCCCCUAUUUAAUCUGACUCCAAAAAGCAUCCAUCGUUUCCCUAGAGAAGAGACAAUGAGCGGGGUUUAAAAUGACCAGGGCUCCAUUUCUGUGUCUCAGGAUUAGACUGAUGGGGUGGGGCAGGAUAGCUUUCCUCUGGCCCUUGUCACUGCAGGAUCUGAUCCCGACAAGGAGCAAACAGGAAAGAGCAGGAUGCCAAAGUGCCUGGGGUUCAUGCGUGCAUGUGAGGAAGAGCACCGAUGGCAUCAGCCGUCCCUCCAAACUUCUCCUGGGUGGUGCCUGGCAAGCUGGCAGGGCUGGCCAUGCCACGGCAGCCCGCACACUACCAGUACAUGCAUGAGCAUGGCGUCCAGCACCUGGUGUCACUGACCGAGCGCAGCCCGCCCUACCACGACACCUGCCCUGGCAUCAAGCUCCAUCACCUCCGCAUCCAGGACUUCUGUGCCCCAUCGCUGGAGCAGAUCAAGCGCUUCCUGCAGAUUGUGGAGGACGCCAGCACCAAGGGAGAGGCGGUGGCAGUGCAUUGCAUGCUGGGAUUUGGCAGGACAGGAACCAUGCUGGCCUGUUACCUGGUGAAAGCCCAGAGACUCACCGGAGUCGACGCCAUCCACGAAAUCCGGAGAAUCCGGCCUGGAGCCAUUGAGACGCAUGAGCAGGAGAAAGCCGUGAUCCAGUUCCACCACCACAUCAAAUAGCCACAGCUGGCGGUGCUCCCCUCUCCCUACACGGGGAGUGGGGGGCAGAGGGAGAGGGCUGCUCAGCUACACAGACACCUGCAGGAGGCGCCUACUGGGCCUAUGGCUGGGCGUUUCUGGACCCAUGGAGGGAACCUUCCCAACUCCUGGCUGCUGAGGGGAGCUGGGGCUGGUCUCAGAGCCUGGGGCCACACUCCGUUCUCGGCAGUAUCUGCCUGCACUGGGGCAGGGGUUGCCCCAGCCCCCUUUACUCAAGACAGAGAGGAUGAGAUCUGAAUCGGGGAGGGGCAAGGGGCAGCAAUGUGGAAGGGGGAGCCCCAUAGGGCAACGUCUCCUCCAGUCCCCUGUGAUCCUUGCCUUGGGAGAGCCAGGCCCAUAGAGACGGAGUGGGGCUUUGCCCUAUAGGGAGGCUAUGCAUGCCUGCAGGGUGUGUGGGCUGGAGCCUGUCCAGCCAAGGGCUGUACAUGAGGCUGGAGGUGUUGGGGGUUUUACUCUUCUGAGCUGCUGCAAACGUAUCCGCCCCCCGCCCUGAAUAAAAGAAGUUGGCAUUGGC